AUGAUCUUCGCAGCCCGCCAACUUCAGGAGAAGUGCCAGGAGAUGCGGACCCACCUGUACUCUACCUUCGUGGACCUGACGAAAGCCUUCGACACGGUGAAUCGCGAAGGACUGUGGAAGAUCAUGCAGAAAUUCGACUGUCCGGAGCGAUUCACUCAGAUGGUGCGUCAGCUGCACGACGGUAUGAUGGCGCGAGUCACGUACAACGGAGCUGUCUCAGAGGCAUUCGCAGUGACCAACGGAGUGAAGCAGGGCUGUGUGCUGACGCCUACCCUCUUCAGUCUUAUGUUCUCUGCCAUGCUGAUGGACGCCUACCGCGACGAACGCCCUGGGAUCCGCAUCGCCUACAGAACGGACGGUCAUCUCCUGAAUAACCGGCACAUGAACUUCCAAUCGCGCGUAUCCACAGCCACCGUGCACGAACUCCUCCUUGCCGACGACUGCGCCCUGAACACUACCUCAGAAGAGGAAAUGCAACGGAGCAUGGACCAGUUCUCCGCCGCCUGCGAGAACUUUGGGCUGGUUAUCAACACGCAAAAGACGGUGGUGAUGCACCAACCGCCACCCAACUCAGCCACAGCCCCCAACGCGCCGCAAAUCAACGUGAAUGGGACUCAGCUGCAGGUGGUAGAGAACCUGCCCUACCUGGGCAGCACGCUCUCCCGCAACACCAAGAUCGACGACGAAGUCGCCAACCGGAUCUCGAAAGCCAGUCAAGCCUUCGGUCGCAUCCAAAGCACAGUUUGGAAUCGCCACGGUCUUCAGCUGAGCACGAAGCUGAAGAUGUAUAUGUAUAUGUAUAUUGAAGGGUUACAGGCAGAGCCCUUGAUGACCCUAUUUAUGUACAGUGCUUUCGCAGAUUCAUACUCAAAAAUAAAAUAAAAUUUUAGGCAUUCAAAAUAUGAUUGGGUCACAGUUCAAUCGUAAUCAUAAGGUAGUGCAUAGGGUCACUGUAAAUUAGUGUGGAAAAUUGUCUAUGACAGAUUUUACAAAGCUGGCUGUGCAUGGUCAUGCCGUACAAGCCGAUUUCUGUCGAAAACUAGACGAGCAAGUUUUCUUUUAAACACACAAACUCUGUCAGCCGACACUAUCUCGCUUGGAAGCGAGUUCCACGGCCUAACAACCCGCUGGCUGAAUGAAAUUUUUCGUCGGUCUAAACGCGUGCGCUCAUUCCCGACUUUUUAUGCAUGGCCGCGUAGUUGGUUUGUACGGGCGAACUCAAAGAAGUCCUCUGUUCUUAAUGAGCAAAUCUGGCCGCGAACAAUCCGGAACGUCCAGAGUAGACUGCAGUUUAUUUGCCUAUAAGAGAGAGGGAAUAGACCAAGCAAAAUCAGCCUCACCUGAUAAGACAAAUGUUUUAGACCGUCAACCAUCUUUGUCGCUCUGCGUUGCACCUGUUCGAGUAAGUUGAUAUCCUUCCUCAUCCAUGGUGAAGAUGCUGGCAUUCCAUACUCUAGAUGAGGUCUUACAAAGACACCAAAGAGUCUUUCAAACAGUUCGGGAGGAAAUAUUUACAUACACGUCGAAUCCAGUGUAGAGUACUAGUUGCCUUCUGGACCAUCUUUCUACAGUGUUCUGAUAGCCAAAUAGAUUUGUGGUCUUCCAUACACCCAGAUCUCUGUGUCUUUCUACCGUUUCUAACUUCGUCCCGUCAAUAUAGUACUGGUGUUUGGGAGAGGAUUGCGGCUGGUGUUCCGGUUCAAGACUACGCAUUUGGACACGUUAAACUUCAAAAGCCAUCUGUUCUACUAAGCACACAUUUUGUCGAUGUUCGACUGCAACUUCUCUGUUUCAUCAUCACAUUUGACUUCACUCCAUAUUUUUAUGUCAUCCGCGAGCACGAGAGCCUCGCAAUUCAAUUCGCUGAUGCAGUCAUUAACAUAAAUCAGGAAGAGUACUGGGCCUAAGACAGAGCCUGUGCGACAACAAUUUCCACCUUUGCCCAUCUCAAGGUAAAGUUACCAACGACGACUCGUUGUAGUCUGGAGGACAGAAAACUCCUGAUCCACUUAAACAUUCUUCCUUGAAUCCCAACAUCCCAGAUCUUCUGUAAAAGAAGCCUGUGUGGGAUACUGUCAAAUGCCUUCUUGAAGUAAAAAAUAUGACAUCUACUGAAAAACCCUUAUCGGUAGAUCGUGUCCAUUUCUCGUGCGAGUAAAGAACACUCGUUAGGCAGAAGCGCCCUGGACGAAAGCCGUGUUGGGCAUCGCACAAUAUUUUGUUCUGUUCCAGGUAUUUCAUCAAGUGUCUUUUGAUAAUGCGUUCCAUUAUUUUACACGCGAUGCAAGUAAGACUGACAGGACGAUAAUUUCCGCAGUCAAGUCUUGAGCCUCCUUUGUGGAUCGGGGUAAUGAGUGCGCACUUCCAUUCUUCCGGGAGCUCGCCGUCUUUAAAUGAUUUUUGAAAGAUUGCAGAUAAGGGUUUGCGUAGUUCAUUGGCAAAAUCUCAAAAUGCUAGUGCGGGAAUUCUAUCUGGGUCAGAAGAUUUGGCAGCUUUCAGCCGGAGUAGUUCAGCUCUAACUAUGGUCGAUGAAAAGAGUGGUUCCUCGGUUAAGGAGGGUAAGGAGGGGAUAGGAGGAUGAAGGCUACUAUGAGGAGAGGUUGGUUGGCGAAUGGAUGGAUGGGCAAAUAUAGAACUAGUUUCUCGGGUGAAGACGGACUGAAAGAAGUCGGAAAGGAGGGACUCUUUGACCUGUCAUCAGUCUCUACUUUCCUAUCUGCAGACAUAAGAGCAGGGAUUAGCUCCUGAGUCCUUUUAGUACUUCGUAUAUAACCAUAUAGAAUUUUCGGAUGCCCCAACGGAUUUCGAAGUAUGUUCAGUGCAGCUUUGAGGCCUCACUUUUACAAAUGGUUUGCUGCUGCUUAUAUUCCUGUAAGUGUCCUUCGUAGCCAGUUUGUCUGUAACGCCUCCCCAGACGAUAACUUUUUCUGAACGAGGCUUUUAAAUCCGGGUUUAUCCAUUUUGGGUGGUUUGUGAGUGUCUUUCUUCUGAGAGAACAAUUGGAAUAAAUAAUCUCUUUCAGUAAGGAACUGAAAGUAUUCCAGUUGUCGUUUGCUCGACCAUGCAGUUCAGUCUCCCAUGAUAUAGCUGCCACUCCCCUCAUGAGCGAAUGUUCCCCUUUCCAGAUGUUUCUCUUACACCUAUCGAGUUUGACGGGUUUGGAAAACAGUGAGUACUCGAAGUAAAACUUGAUGUGGUCGCUUGACCCUAAGGGCUGUCGGUCCUGCGGCUUUAGCACAUUUUCCUCCUCUCAGGUAAAAAUAAGAUCAAGGACGUUUGACUGCUGUCCUUCCCUGAACCGUGUUCCAAAGGGCACAUUCUGGCAGAGAAGUUUAUCCGUUGCCCAUUGUAGUAGUUUGGGAUUAAAGCUGUCUUGCGGCCCUUGUGCAGUCCACGUUAGCCAAUCAAUGCCAGGAGCGUUAAAAUUUCCAAAGAUAAGGACAUCUUUUUUCUCGCUAGCUUUGAACAUUUCGGAUAUUAGCAUGAGAUCUUGGACAGAAGUAUGGUUCGGUAAACGGUACACCAACGAAAGCGUCAGUGAUCGGACAUUCAAAGUAGAUAUGCUAACGAUAAGCUGUUCCACAUCCCGUACCGGUCUAUGUACAUCAGCCAUAGCGCUCAGCUUGCAAGUAACAUAAAUUAUGACUCCUCCUCGGCUAAGUCUAUCUCACCUGAAUUGCUGAUAUCCUCUAAGGGAUAUUUCUGAAUCUGCGAUAUCUUCUGUAAGCCACGUUUCUGUGAAUUCCAUAAUGCCUGGCUUAAUUUCAUCAACUAAUUCUCUUAGUUCGUCUAGUUUGUUGAAGAGACUUUGCACAUUUGCGGAGAUAACCUUCAAUGACUGUUUCGUUGAAGAGGCCCGGUCUUCAUUGUGACGGGUUCUGACCACAAGAAAGACCCCUUUGUCUGGACUAUUUGUCCAUUUUUGAUCUCCAGCCCUAUCUCUCCUCUGCCAAUUCUCUCCUUCAAUUCUGAUCUCUGUUCUCUCAUUUCCAGUCUUUCCAUCAGUUCAUAG